AUGACUGAAGUUGACGCGGUUGCUACCAGAGCGGCCCUGAGGCCAUCUUCUUCAGUGCUGCACACGCACGAGAUAUUAUUACAACCUGGCACCAAGGAAGAAAACACAGACGAAGGAGGAAAUUUUACAAAAGAAAAGGAUGCUGAAUGGAAAAAGUACGAGCGCCUCAAGAGAACGACCCGCAGAGAAGGGAAGAGCUAA